AUGUCAGACGAUCAAGGAAGACUGAAGCAUAGACGUGAUCUGCGAUCGUUUUAUUCAUUCCACAAAAGUCCUGCCCCUCAAAGCAUGUCAAAUAUUCACCGUCUUUACUUCAGAUCGAAGAGUGAGAUGAGAUGA